GCCAUUCAGGCGGUCACUCGUCUAUCCGUCACUUUCUACUACAACAAACACGCUUCGUUCUCGACUCGUAGCGCCAGCCCCCAUUUAUUGAUUCGCCUACUCUCCCCUAGCGGAAACUUCACGUGCCGCUUCCAAUCCCUCUCCCUUCGAUCCGUCAAUUCCCUCUCUAGACACCUUAAUCAUAUGCGUACAUAUAUGUAUAUGCGUGAUCGCACUGUUUGUUUGAAUCGAGAAAGAAGAUGAAUGUUGAUCUGGAGUCUCUGUCCGAGGCGACCUCGGGAGCGGUUGGAGCUCUGCUGAGCACGACGAUCUUGUAUCCGCUCGACACCUGCAAGGCCAAGUACCAGGCCGAGGUUCGAGCCCAUGGCCAGCAGAAGUACAGAAACCUGUCAGAUGUUUUAUGGGAAGCAAUAUCUACCCGUCAGAUUCCUUCAUUGUACCAGGGCCUUGGGACUAAGAACCUGCAAUCCUUCAUUUCGCAAUUUAUCUACUUCUAUGGAUAUAGUUAUUUCAAAAGAUUAUAUCUGGAGAAGAGUGGCUCCAAGUCCAUUGGAACUAAAGCAAACCUGGUUCUUGCUGCUGCCGCUGGUGCUUGCACAGCCAUUGCCACUCAGCCACUGGAUACAGCAUCCUCAAGAAUGCAGACAAGUGCCUUUGGGAAAUCAAAAGGUCUUUGGCAAACCCUGACGGAAGGCAACUGGAGUGAAGCAUAUGAUGGCCUUGGUAUAUCACUCCUGUUGACUUCCAACCCUGCAAUCCAGUACACAGUUUUUGAUCAGCUGAAGCAAAGACUCUUGAAGGCGAAGCAGAAUAAAACUGACAAGGCAUCAUCCCCAGAAGCCCUCUCUGCCUUUUCGGCUUUUCUUCUUGGUGCAGUUUCAAAGAGCAUUGCAACUUUUUUGACAUAUCCAGCUAUCAGGUGCAAAGUGAUGAUUCAAGCUGCGGACCCGAGUGAGGAUAAGGCCAAGAAAGCCAAACAAAAACCCCGCAAGACGGUCUCGGGAGCUAUUGAGGCCAUAUGGAGGAAAGAAGGGGUGCUGGGAUUUUUCAAGGGACUGCAGGCUCAGAUCUUGAAGACUGUUCUAAGCUCUGCAUUGCUUUUGAUGAUAAAGGAGAAAAUCGCCACCACCGCUUGGGUCCUAAUAUUUGCACUGAGAAGGUAUCUAUUCCUAGCAAAGGGUAGAUUAAAGGAUUCAUAAUUAGUUCUAGCAAAAGAGCAACAUAAUGUAAUUUGCAUAGAUUGUGCAAAGGCAAUGUCCUCCCUUCUCUGUGGCCAGAAGGCCUUCAAAGAGUCAAGUCAGGUUUCUUCAUCUAUCAAGUAGGUUGCAGAAGAAUAAUUAAAUAAUCAUGGGAAUGGUAGUAGGUCCGUCGCAUAAAAACUCUUUGAGAAUAUAUGCCUUCUUUCAUUUUAAACAGGAUGACAUUCUGAAGUACCCUUCUUACAACAAUAUAAAUUAGUUUAAUUUAAGGUUUGGUUCCUUAUUGU